CUACUAUUCUUAAGUGCAUGGACAGAAACACACGAGGGCGCAGACAGUAAAAGAUUUGCAACAUCGGAGACCAUUAAAUCAGAAGGAGAGGGUGUCAAUGCAUUGGAGAUGGUGCGAGUGUACAACUGUCACCCGUUCGCCGCCCAGCUAAUCGUUCCCGUUCAACACGAACCGGAGACUUUGUGCUGCGGACGGGAUACUCUCUUCGUGGUAUCCGCCGGGUGUAAAAUCGAAGCGUUCAACGUAACUGAUAGCGGAUGCCAGCCCAUCUGCACCUUUAACGCCCUCGGGAAAGUCCGGAAAAUAACAUUCAGUGAAAUAGGGCGCUAUCUUGUUGCAAUCGAAGAGAAGAGUAGUGUUCUUUCCCUGCGUGUCUAUUUCAAUUGGAAGGAAUGCCAAUCCCAAGGGAAGUCCCGAGUUGGCAUCCGGAUGGUGGGGCAUAUGCUGCAGGCUCCAUUUGAAGGGGUUCCCAAAGAUCAGAUGGAAAUCGUCGAGGUGCCACUCUCGGAGCCCCCUGUCUCCGUUUCUUGUUGCCCCAUCAAGGGGGACUUGGUGGUCGGCUGCCACAACAAGGUAGUUUUCUUCCGGCUGCAGGAGGUGACGCUGGCUGGACAGAGCACCGUGUUCGAUUUUGAACGAUUCCUGGUGGUGCAUGUCGGUUUCAAGCUGCUGGAAGUGGCGUUUUGCAAUGGCUGCUUGGCCAUGAUAGGGGACCUGGAAGUGAUGGUGCUGAAGCUGGAGAGGACCAGGCAAGUGGCGAACGCAGUGCAGCAACAGGUUGUCCAGAAGGAAGUGCCAGUCAACAAGGACAUUGACAGACAAAGCAAUGACCCCGGAGAAGCAUCUCUUGGCCAAGGACAGGAUGAAUUUGUUUUCUUUCAAAGGCCUUUGGAGUUGCUCGGUGACGACACUUGGGGGUCAGGAGUUUUGGUCAAUUUGGAGUGGACAGGUGUGGAAGGUUUGACAACUGAGCUGCAGAAUAGUUUGUACUUACGACGGAUUUUAUACAGGCGUUUUUCUCCCGACCUGGCUCACAUUUAUUCUGUUGAAGAGACGGCUCUGCAUUCCCUACAGUUACUCCCAAUGUUCUCUACAGGAGAUUUGGAAUCGGCUGCUGGCCCUGGGAGUAAGGACAAGCAGGUGCUCAGCCUUUUCUGCUUCUUUUCGUUGCCACAUGUAGGGUGCCUGUAUGCAGUUGGCAAUAUGGUACAGCAGCUCUCCACCUAUAACUAUCCAGAAAAGGCCAAGCAAGCAGUGAUUAGUCCUCAGUUCCUGCACGUCAUUACCAGGAGUAACUUGCUGUGUUACACAGUCAGGUGCAGUUCAGUCGCUGCUCGAGAUAAGGAUCCAGAGAUGGACACAAACAACAAGGCCUGUCCACCAUUUUUCAUGCCAGUGAGCGCUUUGCGCAUGCAGCUGUUUAUUGGACUAACAGCUGUGUGCCUGUCCCGAAACUACUUGAUCCUGCUGGCUAAGACAGAGACCCAAGCCCCAGAUAGACAAAACAAGUCAAAGAAGCAAUCGCCUCAGAAGUUCAAGGCUACUAAUAACGUGCCAUCAGUCACAAGUGAAGUCGGGUGGAACUUAUAUUGCCUUCAGAUGAUAUCAACGAUUCAGUUAUGCAGGGAGAUGGUUGACUACAGCAAGAGAUACAAGGCCUGCAGUCCACAGAGUUAUGUCCACCUGCUGAGUGAAGCCCACCUGAUGUUAAAAGCAGCUCUCCUGGACCCUGAUGUCUGCAGCCAGACUGACCGGGAAGAAUUAGUGUCUGCUUUCAAGGAGAACUGCACCCAGCUGGGUGACUGUUACAGCGAGUUUGAAAUGGAUGAUUUCCAUCUUGCUCUUCCCUAUUAUAAGAUGUCAGGGCUGCCGCUGAGCAACCUAAUCAGCAGAAGGCUUUUAUGGGAAGGUGACCCACAGAAAUUUGGAAAAGGAUUUAUGUACUACUUAAAACAUUCUAUCUAUGAGGAGAUUGAAGAGCCACUGAGCGCAGAAACCGCCAAUCAGGUGUUACAUGUAUUCAAGUUGGCCGAGCCCACCCACAUCCCACACGCCUUGUGUAGCCCAUGUAUGAGGAACGUGUGCCUUAGAACUGCGUGGGACCAUCUGGAGCGAUUAGGGACCAUUAGUCCAUCAGCCCUGGUGACGUUGACCAAGGCAUUGGUGGCACUGAGGCUGGAAGACCUGGCAAAGUACCAGUUGGCCAUGGAGCAGUACCCCGAGACGAGAUUAGUUUCUGGAUUUGUGGCCGAACCGAAUCUCCUACGACAUCAUGGCGUCGUGGUAACGGAGUUAUCUCGCCAGCUGGAGAGGACUCAGCCGGGCCUUCUGGUAGCCAGCUUUGUUGCUUUACUGGAAAGUCACAAGAUCAACCUCGAAGAAGCUGAAUUAUUCUUUAAGGUGCUCUGCGUGAAAGAUGGUGAUGAUGAAACCGAGGCAGAGACUCCACAGCUCCUGGUGGAUUUCUGGGAAGCCAUGUUGAUAGGAUGCAGUCAGGAGCCACUGGUCCAGCUCCUGCUGAUGAAGUUGGUGUCAGUGUAUAUCCAGAGAAUAUCACACAAACAACAGCCUGACAAGAGCCCCCUGAAAACCAUCGAGGACCUGAAAAAUUGUUGCAGUCAAUUUGGGGCCAUUUACUCUUGGAUCCACACCAUCAAUGCAUCCAGCUCCCAUUCAAUGGGUUCGCCUGAGGAUCUCCUAAAGUUACAGUCCAUCCUGUGCGGUUCCUCCAUCGAUGUGAAAUCUGUUCUCCCGCUGCUGUGUCAGCUCCCUGCCGAUGACGCCCCUGGUCUGAGUGUCCACAUGCUUUGUGCCACAAGGCUGGGCGAAUGUGAGCACGUGACUGACCGACUCCUCGACCGAUGUCCGGAGGCUGUCUUACCAUUUGCCAAUUCUGUGAUGCGGCAGGAGAAACAGCCUCUGUGGUGGAAAAAACUUUUGCCUGAACUUUGUAGGCGGACAAAAGGAGCUGGAAGAGAAAACAGAAUCUUGGUCUCUUCACUGAAAGAAACCUUGACAGUGGUGGCCAGUAUCCUACAGCCGCUGGACUUCCUCAGUAUCUUGCCAGAUGAGGGUGUUGCUUCGUUUUUCCUUCCCCAUCUCCUGGAUUGCAGCAGGAAGAAUUUAAUCACCUGAUCUGGGGGGGGGGGUUGCAAGGGGAAUGUGACACACUCCGAGGAGCCCAGAAUGACAUGGUUUUUUAAAGCUUUGAUUCUAGUUCAGACUGUGAAACUACUUGCUGUGCAUCCGACUCCGUUCCGGUGGAGAACAGAACUGUACUUUGAACCUACACUGACAGAACAAAGCCCCCAAGCCACCUUUGGAGACGAAGUCACUCUGUGUGUUGCAAAACACUUACAGAACAAGGACAGACUGAUGACAAAUUGGACAUUUUACUGUUGGCUCCUGUGGCAUUUCUGGGUGCCAGGUAUCUGCUGUCACUAACAAACUACAAGCCAGCAUUCAGCCUGGGCACUUUGUUUCAGAUGUGAAAUUUACUGGAAUUAUCAACCAGUGAUCCAUUGAUACUUCAACUGUCUUAAUGUUUGGCAUGUCGAGUUCAAGUUGAAAGUUUUGUUUUUGUUUGUUUUUCAAAGUUUCGGCUAAUCAGCCACUUUUUCCACUGUCCCCUCUUCGAAAUGAUCCUAUUGCUAAAUCCCACACCCAAAUCGUGAAGGUAAUCUUCUCUGCUGCAUGAAUAUAUCAGGGUCUGUAGGAGCUGCAAGAGUGCAACUCUGCUGUCUAAAGUGCUGCAAAGCUCUAUGUUAUAUUCCAAUUACUGUCCAACCACCAAUCUCCUGUACCUCCUUGUAAAGCAAAGCUUCAUUUGUAAUCUAGUGAUAUCUUGAUUAACCAUACCAUUAAGUUCCACUGAAACCUUCUUAAAUUACUGCAUGUCUGUACAUUUAACCAAUUAUUUAUUUAAAUUGUUAAUAUUUCACUUAAUGUUUAUACAGCUCCAGAAGAGAGAGAACUGGCCUACCCAGUAACCUCUUAAUCAAAUCGCCACAAACUUUUUACUUUGGGUACCGAAAAUACAAAUGCCUAAUGAUCAGAUUUGUUUUAAUACUCUGACCAGGCAGCAUCCAAUCAAGGUGGCGUAUUUAGUAUCCAAACUUGCUGUUGCCGGGUAGAGUUGGUCCUUUAUUGUUUGGAGCGGUGUUGAUGAAAGGAAAUGUGCAAUAAAAUGUACUAGCCAAACCAUGGUCAUUCACGUUACUCAUUUCUCUAGAAUUAAACCCCAUAAUAUUCCAAAUGGGAGGCUGAAAUAACCAGAUUGCAAUGCAAGCAUCUCGCUAUUAUUAAUUAUUAAAGUUACAACUGGGAGAAGGUGCUGUGUUCACUGCAUGGAUGAGGUUCCCGUGAUGCAUUGUAUCUGCCUAUUUGAAGUGAUUGAUAAGAAUGCAUAAUGAAGGGCAAUUGAACACACACUGUAUAUAAUGUCUAAUCCCCCAACCCCAUUAAAAAAUCCAGACUUCUUGUUUUCCUCAGAAGUCCGCAGAACAGAAAAUCUGCCAAGGUAUGAAGUGGGCUUCCAUUUAUUGAUGCUCAUUAGUUUUGGAUGAUCAUGAAGGAUCUAUCUCACCCACCGUCUAUCUAGCCUUUGUUUGUGUAACCCAGUUUUCCACUGCAUACGACGACAGCAAGGCUUUUUGCCAAUGAUUAUCAACACAAAACAAUUCCGUGUUGCAAUCACUUUGUCAAUUUUACAUUGUUUGCAACAUCAACUUCUGCUAAAAUUCAGAGUAAUGGAAUUUUGAGGGGCAGUGUCAUGAUUGCAAUGAACUGCAAGCUGCCCACAGUAUAAUUACUACAUGUUCCCUAGCAGACCCCCUGUUC